AUGGCGGAGAUAAACAAGCUACAGAUCGCCUUUAUCCAUCCAGACUUGGGAAUCGGGGGAGCUGAACGUCUGGUCGUCGAUGCUGCGCUGGGACUGCAAAACAAAGGACAUUCCGUGUCCAUUAUCACUUCUCAUCACGAUCCUACGCAUUGCUUUGACGAAACAAGAGAUGGUACUCUGAGGGUCGUCUUAUACAAGCCCCCAUUCUUCCUUCCGAGGUCUAUACAUGGAAAGCUACACAUUUUACUUGCACACCUACGCCAGUUGCAUCUAACGUGGCACCUGCUGAGAGCAGACGGCACUCCAGAUGUCUUUGUUGUCGAUCAAUUGUCGACAUGUAUCCCAAUGCUGCGACUCUUUGCAUCAAAGCGAGUGGUCUUCUACUGCCAUUUUCCUGACAAACUCCUCGCCACCGGGGAGGCUAUCGAGGAAGACGGCGAUUCCCCUCCGAAGCCUCUCCAUAACAAUGCCGGUCUUUUGAAGAGGCUCUACAGACUACCAAUGGAUCUCCUAGAGGAGUAUACGACGGCAAGCGCAGAUAUUAUCCUGGUCAAUUCGCUAUUCACCUCGAGGAUUUUCAAACGCCAUUUUCCGUCCAUCAAACUUGACAAGGAUGGAAAAAAUCUCUCGGGUGGACAAAGGGGCUCGCAAGGCGGGCCUAGAGUGAUAUACCCCGGUAUCAACCUUGCCGCGUAUGAGGUUGCAGCCUCAAAAGAUGAGCCGCGAGAGGUUACUCUACUACGCUCGGACCGACCGACAUUUAUAUCCCUAAACCGUUUCGAGGCAAAGAAGAACGUCGCACUGGCACUCAAGGCUUUUGCCCUAUUCAUCCAGCACAUUGGCCGGUCAUCCAAGCCAUCUCAUAUUCAGGCUCGUCUCGUCAUUGCUGGAGGAUACGACUCCAGGGUUCGUGACAAUGUCGAUACCCUCAACGCACUGCUGAGGACUGCGUGCGAGCUUGGUCUGUCCUGGUGUCUCUUUCCAGUCACCAACGAAGGAAAGGGUGCGCCUUUCAUCCCAGACGAUAUCUCCCCGCAGUCGUCACUCGAGACAGCGCAAGUCGUGUUCCUGCCCAACUUUACAACUGCCCAGCGCAGUCUCCUCCUAACGUCCGAAAAUACCCUCGCAUUACUGUAUACCCCGACUGGAGAACAUUUCGGCAUCGUUCCCGUAGAGGCAAUGGCAUGUGGACUACCCGUACUGGCGUGCCGCAGUGGCGGUCCAAAGGAGAGCGUCGUGGACGAUGAACCCAGAAACUCUGUGGAUCUUGCAGACUGGAGUGUCGUAGACUCCUCCAGCGCAGAAACAUCAUCGUCUACGAGAACCGGUUGGCUACGAUCACCAUCGCCCGAGGCGUGGGCAGAGGCGUUGGCUGUUAUCGCAAUGCUCUCACCUUCCGCUCGCUCUGCACUCUCACUGCGAGCUAAGAACAGGGCUCGGGACAUGUUCUCUUUGGACGCUAUGUCAGCCGGAAUGGAGCGUGCCAUCAGGGAUGCUUACUCGCUGGGUCCGGUCACGCGCAGAAGGCUACUUGGUCCCGAGGCAGCCACCUGGAUCUACAUAUGUCUCGUCGCGGUUAGCAUCUUUACUCUGGGGGCCACAUACACGAUUGUCUGGACGGCCAUGGUGCUCGGUGGCACUACGUUGCUGGGAUUCUGA